AUGAUUGUCCCAGAAAUAAUAUUAUGUGGCAACAAAUACUAUCAGCACAUCACAUAUGCACUAGCAGCUUAUAGAGCUGACUACAAGGAACAAGUUCUGUUGUCUUGUAUCAUAUGGAAUUGGUGCCUGAAGUGCCUCACAGACUGGGAGAGUCUGGAUGAUGACACACUCUGCCAUUGCUACAAGCAUGGGAUUGUUGGUGACAUAGUACCAUUCACAAACAAUUUUCUACAUGCAGACAUCUACAGCAUGCUUUCACCAGAUAUCCUCCACCAGCUUAUCAAAGGUGGGUUCAAGGACCACCUGGUCAAUUGGGUCAAGUGCUACCUCACCCAUGUUCAUGGGAAGUGUUAUGCCUGA